CAAGACAAAUCUCCAGCCACUUCCCAUAAGAAACAAAACAAAACUCUACUCUGCGCUGCAGAGAUGAGGCUCUUCUGGGCUUGAAGGCAGGCAUGGAGUGGAGACCCCUAGCCCUGCUGCUGUGGCUGGGCCUCUGCAUCUCAGGACUUCAAGCCCAAGAGUACGACGCUGUGGAGAGCAGAGAGGAGGGAGAGACCCUCUCUGUCCAGUGUCCCUAUGACCAACAGCAAUACAGGAAAGCACUGAAAGCCUGGUACCAGCUAAGAGGCGAAACGUAUUAUCAUUUAGUCAGUACCCAAUACACCUCUCUGGGAGGUUAUCAGAGGGAAGCCAGCCUUGAAAGAACCAUGAUACAGGAUGACAACAGCAAGGGAACUGUAACCAUCACCAUAAAGAGGCUCCAGCUGCAGGACGCAGGAGUCUACAUGUGUGGAUGCUUUGGCCAUAAUCGUACAGUUCAUAUUCUAAAGAUAAUUAAAUUGAAAUUUUCCCAGCGUGAGUACAUUUCCUUCCUUCAGACCAGGGAAGAAUUUGUCUGUCCAUCCAUCCAUCCAUCAUAUCAUUCACAGCAAAUUUCUCUCCACACCACACUUGUAAGCCAGAUCUUACUGACCACAUGUGAUGUUUUCUUAGGAGUCCAAGAACACAAAGCUGUCGAGGGGCAGAAUGUGUCCGUCCAGUGUCCGUACAGCAUGCAGAACUACAGCAGAGAGAGGAAAGCCUGGUGCCGAUACACAGGCAAGAAUAAGUGCGAUGUCCUUGUUAGCACGUAUUUCAGCUAUGGGAGAUAUCAAAAUCAAGGCCAGGUUGAAAGAACCACAAUACACGACAACACUCAAAACAGGACUGUGACCAUCACCGUGGACAAGCUACAAGCUGAUGAUUCUGGUGUCUACUGGUGCGCACUUUAUGACCCUCCUCACCUUUACCGACUAUUUGAAGUUCAAUUGGCUGUGUCCAAGGGCAAGUGAGUGUUGGAAAAAUGUUCUUGCUGGCAGAUUUUGGCUUUCCCUGCCCACUUCCUCCAGCUCUCUCUGGCAGAGUUUGUAUCAACUCCUUGUUAACUCCCGAAUGUUUGCUCCUGUUGUUUAGCCUUCACCUCCUCUUUUUGAAUCUCACUACUAAGAACUACUUCCCCCUUUCAGGUGUACUAGGUAUGUUCUCCUCCAGCCCUCAGCUUCUUAAUAGCUGAACACCUCCAUAGCAACUGAAUUAGUCUUCUCCACUACAGCUAGUGCAGAUGUGACUAGGUACAUGAGAUUGAAAAAACGUGAAAUGUUUAGAAGAGCUCUAAUUUCCAACGAUUUUCCAAAUACAAAGAAUAUAUUUUUCUAAGUGCAUUGACAUGAGGAGACCAACAGCUUUCUAAGAGCUGCCACUGAAGGCCAAAAGAGAACAAGGGAGCCACUGAAGGCACAGACAGAAGUGCGGCUCCCCACUGUAACUCGUGGCGCUUCACAGGAAGUGCCAGGAUUAUAGCAAUCCCUGGGACCCAACAGACGUUCCCUGUUGAUUCCUGGGGGUUGGGGGAUCAGAUGCAGUAUUGAGGUGGGGGGCCUCCAAUUUACCCACCCCACCUUCCAGUGCACACCCACAUAAGUUACUGAAGACGCUCCACUUGGCGAAGAGACAGAGCUCAGUCAGACGCCACCUUGGAAAGCAACCGAAAAGAAGGGGUUUCAGAGUUCGGGCCAAGAGCUGAGGAGCUCUUGGCAACCAUAAUUUUCUGCAGUUAUACACUAGGUUUGAAUUGCUUGGGGAAGCAAAACUUGGUAAAGGACUCAUUAUGAAAGUCUAUGGUUUCUCCUUGCAUAUUUCUAGUGCAUGUGAUGACAAUGGAUGACACACCAGGGCCAAGUCCUUGGCUGGUGUAAAGGAGCAUGCCAUGGCAUCAGAUUUUGGUGGAACUGCACUUGCUCAUAGUGUUCAGAUCACUAGCCUGCAGUGACCUGGAGCAUGAGGAGGGGAUGCCCAUCAUGCUCCCUUCUCUCAAAAAGGAAGCCUAUUGCAUCUCCCAGCAUCUAGAGAUAACUUCACUGCAGUCACCAACAAACAUCGCAAACACAAGAAGUACCUCUUCACUUCCUGACAGCAAGUUUACGCUCUGCCAUAAAGUGGAUGGUUUCAUCUCCGUGCUGGGGAUGAACACAAAACAUGGUUUCUUGGGCAGUUUUUCAGAUGAUGAGCAGGAGUAACAUGGAGCGCGGGGGAAGAAAUAUCCAGGGAACAAUUGCGUCUCAGACAGCGUGACUAUUGGAAAUCACAGGGCUUUUUAUUUUCAGGUUUAACUACGGAAAACAUCCCAACUACUCCAUACACUGGUCCUGCCUUGAAAUCUUCCACACCCGACUCCAGGAACAACGGGGAGCCACAGAAAACCAGUGAGGUCUCCUUUGGUGUCAGCUCAUGGCUUGUCCUCCUGCUUGGGCUCCUGACCACUAAGACCCUGAUGGCGGUGACAAUAGCUCUUCUCGUGAGAAGACGACUGUACAGAGAAGAGGCAUCCGAACGAAUCUGAAACCUUGAUUUCAUGGUGCCACAGAGCAGCACACCUUAAAGCAAGACUGACUUUCGGUUGAAGCCAGGCUGCUUGAGGAAAUUCCUCAUGGUCUUUGCUAAUGUUGGCAGCCGUGGAAACCAGAUUUAAUUAAUAGCUUCUCCCAGUGAUGGUGCUCUCAGGUAUCCAGGACCCAGAUAUAUCAUCUCAUAUCAUCUUAGCCCUUUACUAAGUAGAGUUAACCACUACAGGAGUCCAGGUGACUGCAUCUUGUCCCAACUAAAACGUCUGUUGUUGGUGGUACCAGAGCAGCUGGGGAAUUAGGAUUCCCUUCUCAGACAACAUUGCUAUAACCUCAGCAGCCAGCCUGGAUACCAGCAUGAAGCCUCCCUGUUGUUUGACAGAGCCCACUAGGUCAAGAGCAUCUCAUCAGUUCAUCAAGACAGGGAACGCUAGAUAGCUCAGCGCUGGCCAAAAGGAGAUUCUACAUUAAGUCAAACGAGCAAGAGUUCUGCACAGAGAAGAGGAGUCUUUCUUCCGGACAGUAAAAACUGAACAGCUCAAGUGAUGACUUUGGGACAUUUGGACACUUUACCCUGAUAUGACUUUACUUCCAAGGAAGUAUUCCUCAAUCCUGAAGAUCAGGCUUGUAGCUGUGUUAGGGUAAGACAGAGCAGCCCUGAGAGCAUAUUCUCAGGCCUUGUGUACUCAGUGUGCAUACUGGCACCCACUGAAGACUCCUCCAAGCAGGCUACGAUGCCUCAUUUCCAUGACCGGGUGCACUGAAGUUGCAAGCGGGCCAGAGUGCUUGAUCACAGGGUUUCUGGGAGGGAAGGGAGACCUUGUAUACAGGAUUUUAAAAAGUCACUCCUGACCCAAAAGUGCACCCCCAUGAAUGGGGGUGGGGAGUGUCACACUGUAACUAAGCAAAGUUUGCAAAGAAAUACAGGACAAUGGCCAUCCCCACAUCCCUCUCUUCCUAAAUCCUCUGCAUAGAUGGGCCAAGCCAACCCUUUUCAAAAGAUUUUUAGUACCAGUUGCAGAAGGGGUCAACCCAAUCCUCUCCUUAUUGAGCCACAGCACACACUGCCCAUUACAGACGCAAUCCUUGCCAGAGAAGUCUUCUCCGUUCACUACAAGGCAACACAACAGCAGAAAGCAGCGCUAGAGACAUACCAAAAGGGAACGUAUCUUGAGACUCUCCAGUGUGGCAGAUCCCCUUGCCUGGUGCCUAUCCUACACACUGGAUCCAAGCCCUCAUCUCAGGAGAGACAAGGCCCUUUCUAUGCUGCACGCUCCAGGUUUUGUGCAUCAUGGCACUGAGAAGUGAUAAUGAACUAUCUGGCCUGCUAACUAGGAUUCCUGUCAGUAAAGGCCCCAGGGAUCUUGGCUAAGCUCUCUUAUCAGCUCUGUACCUGACAACAGAGCAGUUCCUUACCACGGGGGAGAAGUCACAUACUGCUUCCUUCUCUGUGCCGACUGGUCCAGGCCACUAUGUCCCUCCCCAAGGGCAUGCUGUUGCACAUUCCUAGCAAGGGAGCCCUCUCCUGGGUGGCCUACAGAAGAACUGUAGUAGUCACAUACUCAACACAGCUGUGUUCAUUGUGACCUCCCUACUUAGCUGCAAAUAAACAUCAAUAAA